AUGGAUAUCGAUCAAUUCCUUAGUUUAUGCAGCUCAUCUUCAUCCUCUUCUCUUGGUGCAUCACCAAAGCAACAAAGAAUCAAGUUAAAGUUGGUUGUAGAGAGCAAUGGACAGACGUUUGAGAAAGGAAUAGAAGGAACUGUAGAGAAUUUAAAACCACUCAUUCAAAAGUUAAAUACAAAGAUUAAUAAAGAAAACAAUAAAGAUAGUAAAGAUAAAGAGAAACCAGAAAAGCCAGACAAAUCUUCGGAUAUUGUUUUAGGAGGAUCGAUGAAUCUAGCCAAGAAAAUAGCAAUGCCUUCAUUUGGCAGCACAUCAUCUCUAAAGUCUCUGUCAUCUUUGCACUUGCAACGCACCAACACCUUUGCAAGUAUGCAACCACUCCAUUCGUCUAAUGGUGGGUCUGCAAUCAUCGAUGGCAAGAUAUUUGGUGUGACAUUGGAUGUUUUGGUCGAACGACAAAAGAAUAUGGUCGAUUCUCCAAGAAUCCCUGUAUUUGUUAGUAAAGCUUUAAAGCAUUUAUUCAUUUAUUCACUUGGAGUUGAAGGAUUAUUUCGUAUAAGUGGAUCACAAGCAGAGGUACAAGCUAAAAAGGCAUUAUUGGAUAAAGGUGAACAUAAUCUAAGCAAAGAGGAUAAUCCACAUGUCAUAUCAAAUUUGGUGAAACAAUUCCUAAGAGAAUUACCCGAACCACUUUGCACCAACGAUUUAUACGAUGCCUUUCUUGCAGCUUCCGAUCAUAUCAAUAGAGGUGAAUCACUUGAAAUACUUAAAAAGACGGUUGCCAUGCUUCCACUCAACAAUCGUCUAUUAUUACAAUUCACUAUUUACUUUUUAACUUUUGUUGCUAGAAAUUCUCAUUUAAAUUUGAUGAAUUAUUCAAAUUUGAGUAGAGUAUUUGGACCAAAUUUAUUUUGGAAAAAGGAAACUGGACAAUUGGAUAUAAACUCUUUACAAUCGACGAGUGAAAAGGUUAACUUUUUGACAGAAACAUUUAUAGUCAAUUAUGCUGAAUUAAUCUGGGGUUGCUCAAGCGACAAGACUGUCUACAUCUGGGACAGCAAGACCAAAGAGAUCUUGCAUACCAUGGAGAUUCAAGAGAAGCGACCCAAGCGUAUGGCUGCGAUGGUUGAUUCAGACGACCAAGAAACCGUUUGGAUUGGCGGUGACGAAGGUACCAUCCAAAUCAUCAAUGCAGCCACAUUCAAGAUUGUCCACAAGAUCAAUAAUGGUGGAUGGGACAAGUUGUUUGCGCUGACAUCGAUUGGCAAGGAGAUAUGGUCUUCAACGUGGGAUAUUGUCGUCAGAGGAUGGGAUCCAAAGGCCAGAGAGGUCACAUUUGAACAAAAGGGUAACAAUGCCGAUGCGAUUGCAUCGAUUCUCGAAGUACCCAAUUUCAAGAACCCAGCCGAACCCUUUAUAUGGUUUGGUAGUUUUGAUCAAUCCAUAUCCAUCUAUCAAAAGAAAGAAAGUAAAUGGAAUACAAGUAAAAAACCAAUUGGUAAUAAUAGAUCUGGUAUUAGAGUUGUUGGUCAAGGUUUUUCUUCUAGAGGUUAA